CUAUGUCACGUCGAUUUAUAAUAAAUUGUGACAGCUGUUACAGCCUUGGCGGGUUCCUGGAUUGUCGUUUACGUUAUGUCAAAUGAUAUCCCUUCUUUAAACAUUUUUAUUCCAAGCAGAUGUGUUUGCCGAAUAGAAAAUCCAAUCUGAUGACCAGUAACAUUACCGUACUUUUACGAUAUGUUAUCUUCUCUCAAGGCACAACACUUUCAGGGACAACGCUAGAGCAAAUAAAGGCGGCAGUAGUGAACCACCGCAGCUUUAAAUCUGCCUGAAACCCAUGAAGAGGACUGACAGCCUUCGCCAUGGCGGAAACAGAUCAACCGUCAGGAUCCACCCCUGAGGAUGAAGCACCUGAAGUCACAGCCAGUGUCACCUUCAUGGUGCCCAAGAAAGAAAUCAGCAUGGUGCCUGACAUGGGCAAGUGGAAACGCUCUCAGGCAUAUGCUGACUACAUGGGCUUCAUUCUGACACUGAAUGAAGGUGUGAAGGGAAAGAAGCUUACAUGUGAAUAUAAAGUGUCAGAGACAGUGGAGAAGUUACUAGACCUUCUGGGGACUCUGGACCAAUGGAUAAAUGAGACCCCUCCUGUUAACCAGCCAUCACGCUUUGGUAAUAAGGCCUACAGAACCUGGUAUGCUAAACUAGACCAGGAAGCGGAGUCCUUGGUGUCAGCAGUGCUCCCUGCUGACAAAUGCGCUGCAGCUCCAGAGAUAGCGGUCUAUCUGAAAGAGUCUGUGGGGAACCCCACCAGGAUAGACUAUGGAACAGGUCAUGAAGCUGCUUUUGCUGCAUUCCUCUGCUGUCUCUGUAAGGUUGGAGCUCUCAGAGUAGAUGAUCAGCUGGCUAUUGCUUUUAAAGUUUUUGACAGGUAUCUCUUAUUAAUGAGGAAGCUACAGAGGACCUACAGAAUGGAACCAGCUGGAAGCCAAGGGGUGUGGGGACUGGAUGAUUUCCAGUUUCUGCCCUUCAUAUGGGGCAGCGCCCAGUUUAUAGAUCACCCCACAAUUGAGCCUCGCCACCUCCUAGAGGAGAGAGUGGUGAACGAACAUCACCCAGACUACAUGUUUCUGGACUGCAUCAAGUUCAUAAAUGAGAUGAAGACGGGUCCAUUUGCUGAACACUCCAACCAGCUGUGGAACAUCAGUGCUGUUCCUUCUUGGUCCAAAGUCAACCAGGGCCUGAUCAGAAUGUACAAGGCCGAGUGUUUGGAGAAGUUCCCUGUGAUCCAGCACUUCAAAUUCGGUAGCCUGCUGUCCAUCCAGCCAGUGAAGCCUUGACUCUCAUGGAGGAACGCCGGGCAUAUGAUGGAAUGACCAAAAUCCCGACCUUUCUCUGGCAUCCUCAUGUGCAAAUACAACAGUAGCAAAGAUCAACCACAUGUAGUCUGACGCGCAUUCCCACACGUGCACGUGGGUCAUGAAAGCUUAGAAAGGCAUCCACAGGUCAAGGCAGAGCAUGUUAUGAUUGUGAUUUUGGAGCUUGGAUUUUUAUAUUUUCUUCAUUUUAUUUAUAAUGAAUAGAGUAUGAAACGGGCUCCUAUUUGAUAGAUGAAAGGAUGUUUUUAGGCGUGUGCUCAUUGAUACUUAAUGCUUGAAUUUACCUCAAAGUUUGGAUUCUCAUGAGCAGAAGGGUCCUUCAGCGUGGGGUGAUACAAAUCAGACUUUAUGCGAGUUCUUCAGUCUUUUGUCAUAAUUACUACUACACUUUGUUAUAUUCUUGGUUUAGCUUAUAAGGCCAGAUAUUUUAAUUAGUGAUGCAAAUGUUGCAUAUUUUCAUUGACCACUUUUUCUCAACGUGUACAUCACCUUAAUAAUUUAAUAAGAAAUAACUGUGUUCUUAUAAUGUCUGGUAGUUCAGGGACUUGCUCCAAUUAAAGGACUGGGUAUUUAAAUGACAGCUCAUCCAAAAUGUUAUGUACAGAAGUUCAUUCACCCUAAUUUCUUUAAGUCACUCAGUAUCUUGACAUGAACUCACUCAUGGUAAGUUUUAGUUCAAGUCCGUUCGUUGCUACUCACUGUCAGUAGUGUAUGACCAAACGUCGUGGUCCCAACUCGCCCUAGACCUAAAGUUAAUUUAACCUUUUUAGUUUAUCGCUUCAGCUAUGGUAAACACUGUAAAUUAACAAACCAUACUUGAAUAAAUUCUUGUGGCUGUGCUGUGCAAA